AUGUUUCACGGACCCCAAAGAGGUCUGUUCCUGCGUGCACCGCGCCGCGACUGGCUCGUGGCCGCUCUCUCUGCAGUGGUUAUAUUGAUGGUGCAUGGCACCGUGGUACGCGCCCAAACCAUCACCGCUGCCGAGACUACCCAACCUGCCUCCAUCACUGCCGCCUCGACCACGCUCGCAGCCACGACGCGAACCAAGGCACCCCACCGAUGUGAUGAGCGCGUAUGUGAAGUGUUGCACCGAGAAGUCUGUCAUGACAAGACAACGGCUGAUUGCGGCCCAUGCAAGGCUCUCUACAUGAGCGAGACCUCACCCAACAUCGGCAACACGCCCUGCGUCCGUCUUGUGCCAGACAACCAAGGCAAUGAACAAAGCACUGCCGACCUGGACUGGCCUGAACUGCCUGAUGAACAUCAAGACAAAGGUGACAGCAACAGCAGUAAUGGGAAUAAAUCCCGCUCACCGACUUUUCUUGCCGGCAUGCUCUUGGUUGUCAUGUGCGUGGUGGGCACCAUCGCCUUUGUGUUUUAUCGCCUCAAUCGGAACUCUCGUCGCAUCUUUGAGCUUCGGCACGACCUGAAUGCAGGGGAUGAUGACGACCAAGAAACCCUGAUUGAUGAGGAAGGGCGCGUCAUGGGUUUCCACCGCUACAAGGCCAAGAAGCAGAAGAAUCGCUUUGCAUCUCUUGACCUCUCGGACGAUGACGACGACGACGACGAGCAGAGUGACUUGGAUGAAGAUUUCGCCGAAGAGGCGCAACACCUCGUCUAG